GGUGGAGGACGCGGUGGAGAGGAGAGAAGGUUGCGCAAGAACCUUUCUCCCAGGUUCGUUCUUCGGCUAGGAACCCGCUCCCAGUGUGUUCUCGACCUCCACAGCCGCAAGAAUGGCCGCAACUAUGACGCUGGUGCAGCCUUCUCCUGAACAGCAAGUUCAGAUCCGCUCGGAACUCAACGAGGAUGUGUCCACUCGUAACCAGGAUUUGGAACACAUCAAGGAGUGGCUCAAGAGACAACCACAUUUACCCCCUUUUGACGAUGAUGGCCGUAUUAUGACGUUUCUACGUGGCUGCAAGUUCUCGCUGGAGAAGACCAAACGUAAACUUGAUAUGUACUUUACAAUGCGAACAGCAGUUCCUGAAUUCUUCAGUGACAGAGAUCCUACUAAGCCUGAAAUACAAGAAGUCUUCAGGAUGGCACAGGUACCUCCACUGCCAGGGUUAACACCCAACGGCAGAAGAGUGGUUGUGAUGCGUGGCGUAGACGCAGCCAACAAUAUCCCUAGUGUGGCCGAUGGCAUGAAGGUUGUCCUUAUGAUCGGAGAUGUUCGGCUGAAGGAGGAGCUGGUGGGGGUGGCAGGUGACGUCUACAUCUUGGAUGCUGCCAUCGCAACACCUCAACAUUUCGCCUCUCACUUCUCCAAGUUCACACCCACUCUCAUCAAGAAAUUUCUAAUUUGUGUCCAAGAAGCGUAUCCAGUCAAAUUGAAAGAAGUGCACGUGAUCAAUGUAAGCCCUUUGGUUGACACUAUCAUCAACUUCGUCAGACCUUUCCUCAAGGACAAGAUCAGAAACAGGAUCCACGUGCAUGAGACUCUAGACUCACUGUACGAGUACGUGCCCAAGGACAUACUACCAGAGGAGUAUGGAGGUGCGGCUGGAUCCCUUGACGUCAUCAACAAGCAAUGGCACGAGAAGUUGGUGACGUACCAAGACUGGUUCAAGGAGCAGGAGACCAUCAAGGCAGAUGAGUCCAAGCGUCCCGGCAAGCCAAAGACACAUGAUGACCUCUUCGGAAUGGAGGGUUCUUUCAAGCAGCUCUCUAUAGAUUGACAGCAUUGAUACCAAAUAUCUGGUCCUUCCUUAUCUGUGCCUCAAUGUGCAGUCACUACGCUAGGGACGGAACCCUUUCAGUUCAUGAGCCCAAUGGGUUUUCUAUACACUUGAACAUUUGUUAUACUCAUUGAAACUACACUCGUCUCGACCGCGAUAAUCUCAUCAUUUCGUUCAAAUUAUACAAUCUUUUGUGGAGACACAAUAUUUUCAAUAGAUCUUUAUAGAAAUAGGUUAACAUUUUACUUGCUCAUUUAGGUAAAUUGUAGGUUUUUGUUUCGUAGUUCAUUGUUAAUUUUGUUACUUUCCUUGUAGGCUUACAUUAUCUUUGUUCAUCUCAGUGUUACGUAAUUAAAGACUUUGAUUUUGAUAAUUUAAUUCAACCCUAACAAAAGCAUUGUGUAAUAAUUUUGUCUUAAUUUACUACUUAUUAUAUUAUAUAGGAUUUAAGAAACUUUUCAAAUACGUAAUCAAUUACUUAUUCAAUUAGUUACUUUUUUAUAAUGUAAAUAUAACGUUGGUAGUGUGUUCUACAUGAUGAAACGUUCCAUAUAUACAAGUCCUCUGAGGACAAAUUUAUGUUCCUCUUCCUAUCCAUUUCACAUUUUAAUAUUAAGUAGUAUUAAUAUCGUAAAUGAUCCUGCACAUAACCAUAAUAUAUAAAAGAUGAAUCACUAUAGAGGGUAGAAAUUUGUAUUUCAUAUUUUAUAUUUUAAUUGUUGAAAGUUGCAUGUUGUUGGCAGUUUUGUUACAAGUAAUAAAUAAACUGCAUUAAACAAUUA